AUGACAACGAACUGGCUGCAAGGUCGGGGCACCGUCUACUGGACAGGAGGCGGCGACAGGGCCACAUGGACAGGAGGCGGCGACAGGGCUGUAUGGACAGGAGGCGGCGACAGGGCCACAUGGACAGGAGGCGGCGACAGGGCCACAUGGACAGGAGGCGGCGACAGGGCCACAUGGACAGGAGGCGACGACAGGUCUACAUGGACAGGAGGCGACGACAGAGCUGCAUGGACAGGAGGCUACGACAGUCCUGCAUGGACAGGAGGCGACGACAGUCCUGCAUGGACAGGAGGCUACGACAGUCCUGCAUGGACAGGAGGCGACGACAGGGCCACAUGGACAGGAGGCGACGACAGGUCUACAUGGACAGGAGGAGACGACAGAGCUGCAUGGACAGGAGGCUACGACAGUCCUGCAUGGACAGGAGGCGACAACAGGGCCAUAUGGACAGGAGGCGACGACAGGUCUACAUGGACAGGAGGCGACGACAGAGCUGCAUGGACAGGAGGCUACGACAGUCCUGCAUGGACAGGAGGCGACGACAGGCCUUCAUGGACAGGAGGCUACGACAGUCCUGCAUGGACAGGAGGCGACGACAGGGCCACAUGGACAGGAGGCGACAACAGGGCCACAUGGACAGGAGGCGACGACAGGGCCACAUGGACAGGAGGCUACGACAGUCCUGCAUGGACAGGAGGCUACGACAGUCCUGCAUGGACAGGAGGCGACGACAGUCCUGCAUGUACAGGAGGCGACAACAGGGCCACAUGGACAGGAGGCUACGACAGACCUGCAUAG